AUGCCGGACCCGCCGCGCCGCCAGCUCCGCUGCGCGCUCCCGCUCCUGUGCGCGCUCCUGGCCGCCGUGAGCGCACCGUGCCCGCCGCGCUGCGCGUGCUCGCAGGCCGCACGCACCGUGGAGUGCACGUCCCGGGACCUGCGCGCGGUCCCGCGCGGGAUCCCCGCGGACACGCGCACCCUGGUCCUCACCGGGAACCGGAUCAGACUGGGACCCGAGAGUCUGCAGGAGCUGAGGAACCUGAGGAACCUGAGCAGCCUGGUGCUCCGAGACAACCGGAUCCAGGAUCUGGACUCCAGGACCUUCUCUGGUCUCCCGAGUCUCCGGUCUCUGGACCUGAGCAGGAACCAGCUGUCCGUCAUCCACCCGGAGGCCUUCGUGGUCCAGACCGGGUCCCUGCGGGACCUGAACCUGAGCCGGGCCCUGCACAACCCCUCUUCCGUGGUGGACCUGGCCGCCUCGCUCCGCCGGGGGUCCCUGGAGGCCCUGCAGGUCCUGGACCUGUCCCACAACGGGCUGGUCCUGCUGCCGGCGGGGGUCUUCGGGGGGCUGGAGGCCUUGCAGGUCCUGGACCUGUCCCACAACGCGCUAAGGGCCGUCCCUGAGGAGGGCCUGGCGGAGCUGGACCAGGUCCUGGACCGGGUCCCGGGGGCGGCGGUCCUGCUGGGGGGCAACCCCUUCACCUGCUCCUGCUCCAUCCAGCCCCUGGCCGCCUGGCUGAACCGGUCCUGGUCCCUGGUCCAGGACGCCGCGGACCUGCGCUGUGCCUCCCCGCCGGCGCUGAGGAACCUGACGGUGCUGGAGGCGGCAGCAGCGCUGCCGCUGGGGUGCCCCAGGGGGCCCGGGGGGGCCCCGCGGGCCCUGCAGACCUCCUACGUGUUCCUGGGCCUGGUCCUGGGUCUGGUGGGCCUGGUCUUCCUGUUCGUCCUGUACCUGAACCGCCGCGGCAUCAAGAAGCGGGUCUUCGGCCUGCGGGACGCCUGCCGGGAGGUCUGGGAGGGGUACCACUUCCAGACGGACUCGGACCCCCGGGGGGCGCGGGGGUCCGCCGGCACCGAGGCCUGA